GCAAUCAAACGAUAUCAUUCCUCCAGUGCCGAACGAGCCAUUCAGAUCAACCAUGACCACACAGAGAGAAAUCCCCGUCACCUACGAAGACCAGGGUCAUUUCCUCCAUUUUGGAAGGGUGCUACUGGUUAAACCAGGCGAAACGACCCUGCCGAUUAGAUACAAAAGGUUUGCCAAUAUCAUCUACAACUUCGACUACAGGAGAGACGAUGUCUGCUUGUUCACUUUUCCCAAAAGUGGGACAGUUUGGACAGCCGGAAUCAUCUGGGCCAUGACGCACAUGGAGGAAUUGGAGAGAGCAAAGACAGAGAGUCUCAAUAACAGAGUUUUCUAUGUUGAUAAUGAUUUUAUACAAACUUUCAAAGAUCAAGACCACAGGGAGAAGCUGAAAAAGUUGUGUCCAGAUGCAAAGGAAGAAGAUGGAGUAGUCCUACAGUUGGCAGCCCUGGAAAAAGGACGGCGCAUAAUAUGGAGUCAUCUGCCUUUUGAUCUCCAGAAUCCUGACGUUCUUGAUAAGUGUAAAGUCGUUUCUGUGAUUCGUCACCCAAAGGACAAUUUGUUUUCUCGAUACAUUUACUACAACAAGUUUGGAGGUGCCAGUCUUCAGUUUGUAGCGGAGACAUUUUUUAAGUGGAGAGCAGUCCACGGAAGUCACUGGCAUCACAUCAACGAGAACUUGGAAAAGGAGGACCAUCCCAACUUGCACAUCAUGUUCUACGAGGACAUGAAAGCGGACAUCAUGGCUGAACUGAAGAAACUGAACGUGUUUUUGGAGACGAAUCUUACCGAGGAUCAUCUGAAAAAGUAA